AUGCUCCGCGUAGGUCGCGUCCGGUGAUUGGCUGCGCUGCUCCACGUGGUGCCAGGCAGGCGGCGGCGGUUGCCGGGGCGACGGCUGGACAAGGGGCGGCCGGGCAGUGAAGGCGCGUGUGCCCGCGUCAGAGCAGCAGAGAUUUUUGCGGUGAGAAUUAACAGUAACGGUUCAAUAUGGGGGACAUUCUGGCUGAUGAAUCAGAAUUACUUGGACUAGUGAAAGAGUAUUUAGAUUUUGCCGAAUUUGAAGACACCUUGAAAACAUUUUCAAAAGAAUGCAAAAUAAAAGGAAAACCGUUAUCUAAAUCAGCAUGUGGCUCUUUAAGGGACUCCAAAUCAUCGAUAAUCCAGAAGGACCUCCUUGCUGCGUUUGACAGUGGAGACCAGAAGGUGUUCUUCGAUUUGUGGGAGGGGUACAUUCCCAGUUCCAUCCGGGCUGGCGACUCCCUCGCCCAGAAGUUGGAAUUCUACCUUCACAUCCAUUUUGCCAUCUAUCUUCUGAAACACUCCACAGGGAGACCUGACAAAGAGGAACUGGAUGAAAGGAUUUCUUAUUUCAAAACCUACCUGGAGACCAAAGGGGCAGCGCUGAGCCAGACCACGGAGUUUCUCCCUUUCUAUGCCCUGCCUUUUGUUCCCAAUCCCAUGGUACACCCCUCAUUUAAAGAGCUUUUCCAGGAUCCUUGGACUCCAGAAUUAAAGUUGAAGUUGGAAAAGUUUCUGGCUUUAAUUUUUAAAGCCAGUAACACGCCGAAGCUUUUAACAUUAUAUAAGGAGAAUGGACAAAGCAACAAAGAAAUGUUGCAGCAGCUCCACCAGCAGCUGGUAGAAGCUGAGCGUAGGUCAAUGACGUACUUGAAACGGUACAAUAAGAUCCAGGCGGACUACCACAAUCUCAUCGGAGUCACAGCAGAGCUGGUGGAUUCUCUGGAGGCCACAGUCAAUGGCAAGAUGAUCACCCCCGAGUACCUGCAGAGCGUCUGCGUCCGCCUCUUCAGCAACCAGAUGCGGCAGAGCCUGGCGCGCAGCGUGGACUUCACGAGGCCCGGCACGGCUUCAACCAUGUUAAGAGCCUCCUUGGCACCCGUGAAAUUGAAGGAUGUCCCAUUACUGCCCUCCUUGGAUUAUGAGAAACUGAAGAAGGAUUUGAUUCUGGGGAGUGACCGCUUGAAAGCCUUCUUGUUGCAGGCUCUGCGCUGGCGCUUGACCACGUCGCACCCUGGAGAGCAGCGGGAGGCCGUUCUGCAGGCCUACGUCAGCAACGACCUCUUGGACUGUCACAGCCACAGCCAGAGGAAUGUGCUGCAGCUGCUGCACUCAAAGAGCAAGGUGGUGCGGCAGUACACGGCCAGGCUCGUCAACGCUUUCGCGUCCCUGGCAGAAGGUCGCCGCUACCUUGCCCAGAGCACGAAGGUGCUGCGGAUGCUGGAAGAAAGGCUGAAGGAGGAAGACAAGGACGUCAUCACCCGGGAGAAUGUUCUCGGGGCCUUGCAGAAGUUCAGCCUCAGGCUGUUUCAUCCUAGGCGCCCGCUGCAGACAGCGAUGAUUCGAGAUGGCCUCAUCUUCUGGCUGAUUGACGUCUUGCAGGAGCCUGACUGCCUGUCUGACUACACGCUCGAGUACUCGGUGGCCCUGCUCAUGAACCUCUGCCUCCGGAGCACAGGGAAGAACAUGUGUGCCAAGGUGGCGGGCCUCGUGCUGAAAGUUCUUUCGGAUCUGCUCGGCCAUGAAAACCACGAGAUACAGCCGUAUGUGAAUGGAGCUCUGUACAGCAUCCUUUCUAUUCCAUCCAUUCGUGAAGAAGCAAGAGCAAUGGGAAUGGAAGACAUCCUUUGCUGCUUCAUCAAAGAAGGCAAUGCUGAAACGAUCCGCCAGAUUGAAUUUAUCAUCAAGCAGCUUAAUUCAGAAGAGCUAUUGGACGGUGUUCCUGAAUCUGAUGAUGACGAAGAUGAAGAUGAUGAAGAGGACCAUGACACUAUGGAAGCCGAUCUGGACAAAGAUGAACUGAUCCAGCCCCAGCUUGGAGAGCUCUCAGGCGAGAAGCUUCUGACCACGGAGUACUUGGGCAUCAUGACCAACACGGGGAAGGCGAGGCGGAAGGGGGCGGCCGGCGUGCAGUGGGGCGGCCCCGAGCCCCUGCGCCGGCCCGUCACUCCCAGCGGCCCCAGGACCGGGUACCCAGCGCUGGAAGACCAUCCCAUCUCUCCCCAGAUGGCCAAACAUGCCAGAAACAGCUGCCUCCCGUCUCUGCCAAAUGCCCACCUUCCAGUCUGCAAGGGGGUCUUGCCUGGUGCUCCCGAGCCUUGCACUUCCUCUUCAUCCGCCAUCGACGCCAAGUCGGGAGAGUGGUUGCCAGUAGGACGUCAGGGAGCGCCUCACCUGCCCCCAGCGGGCGGCCCGAGCCAGCCUAGGGAGGUGCCCUAUGCCCUGGACAGUGGCGAGACCACCAGGCCCCUUCUUUCAGAUCGGAGGAAGCCUGCUCAAGGGGAGGGGCCCGGCUUUGGACUCAGACCCAGCCUGUCUCCUGACCGCCGCCCACCACUUCCUCCUGGUCACAGAGCGCCCUGCCCGCUGAGCGUGUCACCAUAGACGAGCCAAGCUCCUGCACUAAAACACUGGGCUAGAGUCAUGGUGAACAUGACUGCGCCUUGCAGUCUCUGAAGUAGAGGGAUCCUGCCAUGGUG